CUUCGUAUUUUCUGACAUAAUUACAUUUUAUUUAAAAUUCAAUUUAUACUGUAUUCUAAAUUCGAAUUAUUCGAAAUUCGGCUCUUAUAAUAUUGAUGAAAAAUGAAUUCCGAAAGCAUAGAACGAGAAAGAAUAAUGAAUAUGGAUGCAAACUUGCUAGAAAAAUUGAAAUCCUUGAAAGUUAAUGAUAAAGAAGGUUUUAUAUGGAAUGUAUUGAAAGCCGAAUGGAUUCCUCAAGAGCAAAGAGAUCUUGUGUACUGGAAGGAUCCUUACAAAACCGGCAUCGUUUUUGGAACGGGAUUAGUCCUUCUGCUUUCUUCAACUUAUUACUCAAUCAUAAGUGUAGUUGCGUAUGUACUUUUGAUCGGUUUGAUGAUGGGAAUCGGAUUGAAGAUUUUUAAAAAUUGUUCGUGUUUAACUCAAUUCGGAGAAGAUCCAUUUGAAAAUUAUUUUAAUACGGAUAUCAUUCUGUCAUCCGAUCAGAUUCAUCAAUACGUGGAUAUCUUGUUGGAAUAUGCGAAUGAAGGUUCGAAACAUUUGCGGAGACUUUUCUUAAUGGAAAGUAUGAUGGAUUCAUUCAAAUUCGGACUAAUCCUCUUUUGCAUGACUUACAUCGGUUCCUGGUUCAAUGGAAUGACCCUGAUCAACAUGGCUUACGUGUCAUUCUUUACUGUUCCGAAACUAUACGAAACCUAUCUGGAGCAAAUUUAUUCGUAUGCCGAAAAUUUGCAAAACCAUAUAAACAAUCUCUCUGAUUUAAUAAAAUACAAACUUUUUCAAGAAAUCAAAGAAGAUUAAAACGUUUAAUUUAUUGUUAUUUUCUUUCUUCAUCUAAAUUCUUGUAAUCCAUUUAUGGAAAAAUUCAAAGUUAUCUAUUUUUGUUUCUAUUGUUUCUUGUUAAAGUAAAGCUAUCACAAAAAUUUUUUUCUUUCGUGUC